AAAGCUUUUAUUUUGAAGGACUCAAGUCGGAAGUGCACGUCGGGUUCUGACCGCCCGCUGCCGUGUGUUCGACAGUAAGAACCCAGUCUGUUGUAAAAGUUCGGGCUGCAGGAUUAUCCGAUCGGUCUUCACACGGGUUUUAAGACUGGCCCUUCACGAGAUGGCUCCGACUAACCUGGUCCGGCAGUUCUCCUCAGGAGCCGGAUGCAGGUGUCCACUAGAGUCUGAGCUGCAAAUAGUGCUGCAGCAAAGGAUCAUGGUCCUGGAUGGUGGUAUGGGAACCAUGAUCCAGCAGCAUAACCUUGAAGAGAAAGACUUCAGGGGGGACGAGUUUAAAGAGCACCCUCUUCCACUGAAGGGCAACAACGACCUUCUCAGUAUCACACAACCAGAGAUCAUUUACAAAAUACACAAGGAGUACCUGCUGGCUGGUGCUGACAUCAUAGAGACCAACACAUUCAGUGGCACUUCAACUGCCCAGGCUGACUAUGGACUGGAGCACAUGGCUUAUCGCCUCAACAGGGCAUCUGCAGAGCUGGCGAGGAAGGCAGCCGAAGAUGUCACCAAGCAAACUGGUUGUAAACGCUAUGUGGCUGGGGCAGUGGGUCCCACCAAUAAAACCCUGUCUGUAUCUCCAUCUGUGGAGAGACCUGACUUCAGGAAUAUCACAUUUGAUGCACUUGUUGAAGCCUACACAGAGCAGGUCAGAGGUCUAUUAGAUGGAGGUGCAGACAUCCUUCUGGUGGAAACCAUCUUUGACACUGCCAACGCUAAGGCUGCCUUAUUUGCCAUCGACCUGCUGUUUGAAAAGAGCUAUGAAAGAAAACCUGUAUUUAUCUCAGGUACCAUUGUUGACCGGAGUGGGCGAACUCUGUCCGGUCAGACAGGUGAAGCCUUUGUAGUGAGUGUAUCACAUGCUAAACCUCUAUGUAUUGGUCUGAACUGUGCCUUGGGGGCAACAGAAAUGAGACCAUUCAUUGAGGCCAUAGGAAAAAGCACUACAGCUUUUGUUAUCUGUUAUCCAAAUGCAGGUCUUCCCAACACAUUUGGAGGGUAUGAUGAAACUCCACAAGUAACAGCAUCCAAAUUAAAGGAGUUUGCUAUGGAUGGAUUAGUGAAUAUUGUGGGUGGCUGUUGUGGGACCACUCCAGGACACAUCAGAGCCAUAGCUGAAGCAGUCAAACACUGCCAACCAAGAGUCCCUGCUGCUGAUAUUAAUCAAGACAAUCUGCUGCUGUCAGGUUUAGAGCCAUUUCGGAUUGGCCCUUACACCAACUUUGUUAACAUUGGCGAGCGCUGUAAUGUGGCUGGGUCACGCAAGUUUGCCAAGCUGAUCAUGGCAGGAAACUAUGAGGAGGCUCUAAGUAUUGCUAAGGCCCAGGUGGAGUUGGGUGCCCAGGUCCUGGAUAUAAACAUGGACGAGGGGAUGCUGGAGGGGCCAUCAGCCAUGGCCCGAUUCUGUAACUUUGUUGCGUCUGAGCCAGACAUUGCACGGGUUCCUCUGUGUAUCGACUCGUCUAACUUCUCAGUGAUUGAGGCUGGAUUGAAAUGCUGUCAGGGAAAGUGUAUAGUCAACAGUAUCAGUCUGAAGGAAGGAGAGGAGGAGUUCCUGCUCAGAGCUGCCACUGUGCAGCGUUACGGAGCUGCUGUCGUUGUCAUGGCCUUUGAUGAGGAGGGGCAGGCCACAGAUACAGACCGUAAAGUGGAGAUCUGCACUCGGGCCUACAGAUUGCUGGUCAGCAAAGUGGGAUUUGACCCCAAUGACAUCAUCUUUGACCCCAACAUCCUCACCAUCGGUACAGGCAUGGAGGAACACAGUAACUACGCCAUCAACUUCAUCAGAGCCACCAAAGUUAUCAAGGAGACAUUACCAGGAGCCAGGGUCAGUGGAGGUCUAUCCAACCUGUCCUUCUCCUUCAGAGGGAUGGAAGCCAUCAGAGAAGCUAUGCACGGAGCAUUUCUCUACCAUGCUAUCAAGGGUGGGAUGGAUAUGGGUAUAGUGAAUGCUGGGAACCUUCCAGUCUAUGAUGACAUAGAUAAACAGCUGCUCCUUCUGUGUGAAAAUCUCAUCUGGAAUAGAGACACUGAUGCUACUGAGAAACUACUGGCCUAUGCACAGAACAUUGUAAAAGGAGGGACGAAGGUGGUUCAGACAGAUGAGUGGAGAGAGGGAAGUGCGGAGGAAAGGUUGGAGUACGCUCUCAUUAAGGGAAUUGAGAAGUAUGUGGUGGAGGAUGUGGAGGAGUGUCGGGCUCAGGUUGACCGUUACACUCGACCCCUUCACAUCAUCGAGGGCCCCCUGAUGAAUGGCAUGAAGGUGGUUGGAGAUCUGUUUGGAGCUGGGAAGAUGUUCUUGCCACAGGUGAUCAAGUCGGCUCGUGUUAUGAAGAAGGCUGUGGGCUACCUGAUUCCUUUCAUGGAGAAGGAGAGGGAGGAGAUGAUGGCAUUGUCAGCAUCAACUGAAGAAGUGGAUCCCUAUCAGGGCACCAUAGUUCUGGCUACAGUGAAGGGAGAUGUGCAUGAUAUUGGGAAGAACAUUGUAGGUGUGGUGCUGGGCUGCAACAACUACAGAGUGAUCGACCUAGGUGUGAUGGCUCCCUGUGAUAAGAUCCUUAAAGAGGCCAUCAAACAGAAAGCAGAUAUCAUUGGUUUGUCUGGUCUCAUCACCCCCUCUCUGGAUGAAAUGAUCUAUGUGGCCAAAGAGAUGGAGAGACUGGGGAUUACAACUCCCCUUCUGAUUGGAGGAGCCACCACAUCCAAGACACAUACAGCAGUGAAGAUCGCCCCUCGCUACACUUCUCCUGUUGUCCAUGUUCUGGAUGCUUCCAGGAGUGUGGUGGUGUGCUCACAGCUCCUGGAUGAGGCAAUGAGGGAAGAGUACUUUGAGGACCUGAAAGAGGAGUAUGAGGAGAUCAGGCAGGAGCACUACGACUCCCUGAAGGAUCGUCGGUAUUUGUCUCUGACCCAGGCCAGAGAGAAGGCUUUACAUAUAGACUGGUGCACUCUGCCCAGGCCAGUGCAUCCUCAGUUUCUGGGAACUCGCGUGUUUGAGUGGUAUGAUCUGAGCAGUCUGGUGGACUUCAUCGACUGGAAGCCUUUCUUUGAUGUGUGGCAGCUGAGAGGAAAAUACCCCAACAGAGGUUACCCCAAAAUCUUCAAUGACAAGACUGUCGGUUUGGAGGCUCAGCGAGUCUUUGAUGAUGCACAGCUGCUGCUCAACCAGAUGAUUGACAGUGGCAGUCUGAAGGGGCGGGGCCUGGUGGGGUUCUGGCGUGCUCAGAGUGAUGCCGAUGACAUCAAUGUGUAUAAAGAUGAUGUCAUGGUGGACAGAGACACCAAACCCCUCGCUACAUUCUAUGGCUUACGGCAACAGAUGGAGAAGGACAGCUCCAGUUCAGAGCCGUACCUCUGUGUGUCCGACUUUGUUGCCCCCAUAGACAGUGGUGUGCCAGAUUAUGUUGGUGUGUUUGCCGUGGGUGUGUUUGGAGCUGAGGAGCUUAGUCAGCAUUUCCUGGCUCAGGGAGACGACUACAGCAGCAUUAUGGUCAAAGCCCUGGCUGACCGUCUGGCUGAGGCCUUUGCUGAGGAGCUCCAUGCUCGUGUGCGUAAGGAACUGUGGGGCUACAGCUCUGAUGAGGCUCUGCAGGCCUCAGACCUUCACAGAGUUCGAUAUCUAGGCAUCAGACCCGCAGCUGGGUACCCCAGUCAGCCCGACCACACAGAGAAGACCACCAUGUGGAGCCUGGCUGGGAUCAAGGAGAAGACUGGUAUUUGUUUGACUGAGUCCUUGGCCAUGACACCUGCUGCCUCAGUGUCUGGACUGUACUUCUCCAACCCUCAGGCCUCUUACUUCGCUGUGGGAAAAAUCACCAAGGAACAGGUGGAUGACUAUUCAAGGAGGAAAGAGAUGAGUGUGGAGGAGGUGGAGAAGUGGCUGGCUCCCAUACUGGGUUAUGAUAGUGAAGAGUAGAUCAGAGCGCCUGACUGUCACUUAUGCAGAAUCAGGUUUACAGUCCAGUAAUUCACACUGGUUCCAACUGUGGCUGCUCACACAGGGAUUCACGAACAUCCCAUAGAACGUCAUCUACUUUUGUAAGAGCGAACUAGGUCUGACAUUUUGUUCUGUACACUUUAGAAUGGAUCACAGUGUGUUUUUUUAAUGUGGUUUUCUGUGCCAACAGGUGAUUUUCUCAUCAUAGAGUAAGGGUUAGGGUUAAGUAAUUUAAAAUAUUAUUUUCUAUUACCUUAAUUAGGACAAAUUUAAAGCAGUUUUUAUGUUAUACUACUGAUAUGGAAAAUGUGCAUGUUAUCCAUUUUCUGUCUGUGAGAUGAAGUAAUUAAUAUCAAUCUUGUUCCAUUGUGUUAAUUACAGAUGGGGCCAGGAUGUGGUUAGCCUAGCUUAGCAUAAACACUGAAAACAGGCCUGUAUCAACCUGAGUUAAAAAAUCUGUAUCUCAUAUUGUUAAUGAUUAUGUUGAUGAACAACAGUUUCAUCCAUCUGUGCUUCCUUGGAGCAUCUAUAGCACAAAUGAAAUGAAAAUGAAAGCCUGUUUUAGAUACCAAACUUUGUAAUAGCACUGUGACAGGUGAUCUCAAAGAACAGUCCCUGCAUCUGCAUGAAAUGGUAUUUGUAAUGAAGGUUAGGGUUAGUGCUGGUUGUUUCCCCUCCCUGAAGUCUUGAUGCUAAACUAUGCUAACCAUUAUCUAACUGCAGUUAUGUACUGAACACACAGACAUGGAAUAUUCAUCUUGCCACCGACUCGAGGACAGAAAGUGAGCACAGGAUACAUGUUGAAUUAUUAAUUCAAUACAUAUAGUUAAAGAAGAAUUUUCCUCAAAUAGGCAACAAUAUGUGAUUAAAAAAUAAUAAAAUAUUUUUUCAAAUAACUAGUAAACAGUUCAUUUGCCAAUACUUUGGUCAGCAACCCAAAAUGUAAUUAAUACUUGUUUCAACUGUACAAUCUGUAAUUCAGACUGUAAAUUAUACAUUUUAUGUGGAAAGUGUAGGCAUUUACAUACAGUUUCUAAUUAUUUCAGUUCUUAAUUAAUAUUGAAAAAAUAUUAUUUUUCUGCUCUUGUGUAAAUAUAUGACUAUCAUCAAUGGUUAUGUGGAGGCUGGCGUGUAGGAAGACAAAUAAUUUGACAGUCUUGAAUUAAAAUAAACUCUCACUGUGCUGUGUUGUAAAGAUGGAAUCUACAACCCUGUAUCAGUCAGCUGGCUGGAGUCAGAGGGCAAUCCUGCUUUUUUAAUUUUGCUUCAUAUUUUAUCAUUUUAGAAACUGUUGUACACUUCAGCCUCCAGACAUUUGAACCUACAACAAACACUAAAAUAAUCCUACUUCUUCCUGUAUACGUUGUAUAACUUUGAUGCAGUGUCCUGUGUAAAUUCAACAAGUUCAGUUCAUUAUUGGAGUCCUGGGUUCUUGUGUUUAACUGCUAUGUUGUCUGAUAAGAACUGAUCAUUCAGUCCUUCAUCUUGUAACUUCUGAGCGGAUUGUACAAACCUCUGUCCACUCUUUGAUUUUCUAUGAAGUGCUAUACUGACGUACGAAUGUUAAAAAAAUCAAACAUUUAGAAAAGCUGUAACAUAAUCAAACUUGGAUGCGGCUUGUUUCUGAUGCAAUAAUGCUCCAUACAACUGUUUGCUGGAGGUUCAUGGCUGUUAUAAGAACAGAACAGAAAAAAAAUGUCUUUUACAGUCAGAGACUUUUUUUUUCACUCAACAUGCUCAGUUUAAAGACAUAAAGAAGCACUUGAGGGAAAAAAAUGUAAUAGAGUCGAUAGCCCCAUUCACACAGGAGAGGACGCAUAAAAGCCAGCCACGGUUCGCCAAUUCACCACUCAUGGUUAUUCACACAGAGCAAGCAUCUUAGCCUUAAAGACGAACCUCUGUGAAAUCACACAGAAAGUCGGCACUGCGGCUCCUCAAGAGGCGUGACGGUGACGUCAUGAUGAUGAAGUUCAAGGUGUUUCUCCGGUAUCCCCCUGUCAAUCUGACUCCCAUGGUGAUGGAGGCCGUUUUAUGGGGGAAAGUUCACUAACCAUCGCGGUGAUUUAUUUUCAUUACAAACACUUGUGAAUUAACGUUUUUUUGCAGUGACAGAUACUGUUUUUAGGGCAGAAAUGUGAAUAAGAGGCAGUGGGACAGGUGGGAGGACCGACAGGAGGGGCUUCUCCACUUAUAUCCGCGGUAUUUUUUUCCUCAUGCAAGUUUCCAAAGACAGUUACUCUGUUACUUUUGUUUGGUCAUCAAACAUUGCUUUGUGGGACAACUAUGUAUUAAGUUGAGUGAAGGACCCCUGUAGUUAACUGACCAUUCGAUCGACACGUCCUCAAUAGGCGAAGCCUGCUUAUCCAUUCACACUGGUUUGGUUCUCCAAUAAUAUGGCCCUGAUACUACCUCCAGAGGCGUAUCAGGGCCGGAGCGAAAUUUUACCCCUCUGCCUCCGAGAGAUUCACACCGAGACAGAGGCAGGGAAUUGGCGUACUUAAGCCGCACUCAGAAGCCAGUGUGAAUGGGGCUAAUACCUUCCAUACCUUAUGCUGGUGGUAAUUUAGGUAAAGUUUUGCAUCCUCAUAACAUUUCUGACGCUUCACUUCAAGACAGCGCUGCAAUACUGAGGAAGAGAAUCAAGCAGUGUAAUUAAGUCUCCAAAAGAUUAAAGUGGUAACAAGGCUUAACACGCCUGUGCUGUGGGAUGUCAUUUCACUCGUAAAGAAAAUGCACAAUAGCCAGCUUUUCAUACAUGGAGGUUCAACUAGUUCUCUAUCAACAUAUCCACGUAUUAAUAACAUGUUACCAGACAUUAUCAGCGUUGUGACAACAUGUGUACUCAAGCCAUGAUCCUGUAACAUCUCAGUUUCAGCAAACAAUCAGGUUGUAUUUCACAUGUGUCUUGAAAGCCCUGACAUGAUGCAGUGGCUGAUCUCAGUUUGUAUUAAUAAACCUUGAUAGUUUUUAAAAUCUGUUUAAUCUGUUUAUUUUAUUACAGUGAAACACCAUUUGUGGAGAGGUAAUAAUGGCAUUGUAAAACAAGAGCAAAAGAACAGUGCUAUUUUGUUAAAAAAUAAUAAUAAUAAAUGACUUCAACAUA